AUGAAUUUUAUUUGUUUUUUAUUGGUUUUUAAAAAAGUAAUAUCAUCUCACCUUAAUACACAUGAACGAAUUUAUAAUCUUAAUCAUUCAAUAAUGUCUUUAUUGAAGGAUAAGAAACGUAAAGAUAAUGAUGCAAAAAUCCAAAUAAGAUCUAAUAAAAGAUUAAGAAUUGAGAAUAAAAUUGACAUGAUUACUGAUAUAGAUAAAGGUAUAUUAGACCUAGAAAAUGAAAAGUUGUCAGUAAAAGUGUUACAAACCGUUGCAUCUACUAAUGAAGAAUUGGAACAGUGCAAAACCUUAAAAAACGUUAUUAUGCAUGAUAGUACUGUAAAGCCAUCAACUAGUAAUUAUAGCGGCUUAAUUGAUGCUAAAACUAUUGAUACAACAAGUUUGGGGUCUACAGAACCUUUAGGCUUGAGCUGUAAGUUUAAAAAAAAUCUUGUUUCUUCGCGUUCAAAUGCACGAUCAUUAGAUGGCGCCAAUCUUUACAAUUCCAUCAGGACAGAUGAUAUGGAUAAAAAAGUAGAUUAUAGUUUUCCCGAGGCUUUAAAAAAUACUAUAAAUACUAAUAUCAAUAAAUUUAAGAAUACUGGCGUUGAUAAAAACACAAGCGAGAUGCUUAAAUGUCCUUCUAUGAUGUCUUAUCCUGAUUUUACACAUUUAUUUUUUGCACCACAUUGCAAUACAAUUUGUUGCGCCGAACAAGAACUUUCAGAUUUAUUUAAUAAACUUGAAGAAAAUUUUUAUAAUUUAGUACAAGCAAGAAACUUACCCGAAUUUAGUAAUAUAUACAAUAUAGAUGCCAGCAAUAUUUCAGAUGAUGAUAAAUUGCGCUUAAAAAAACUUAAAAAAUCUAUCCACAAUAAAUUUUAUAAAAAGAAAAGAAAAAUUACCGUUAGUAUUUCAAAUAUAUAUAAACAACUUAGGUAUCAACAAAUAUCAGAGCAAAGUUAUAAUUUGAUAGAAAAAGUUCUAAAAUUUACUAGCCAAGUUUUUGCCUUUAUCACUGAUUCUAAUUUUUUUAUAAGGAAAAAAUUUUUUACCUCUUAUUUUUUUGACGACAGGUUUAAAUACCAAAAAUACAAAUUUACAACAUUGUUUUCAGAUAAAAAUUUUGCAAAAAUGAUUACUUUAGUCGAAAGAGUACUCUAUCAAGACCGCCAUUUUGAUCAUGUUAAAGGGGUCGACUUAAAGAGAAAUCUUAAAUAUCUAGCUAAUCAUAUUUUAGACAUAACUAUAAAUUUAGAUUCUUUUACUAAUUCUUUGGAAGUUCUCUAUAAAUUUUACAUAAAAUUUAAAGAAUAA